AUGUUCUUCGUUUCUUUCUAUCUUUCUGUCUUUCUUUCUUUUUUCUUUCAUUCUUUCUUUAUUUCUUUUGAUUCUUUCUUUAUUUCCUAUUAUUUCGAAAUCUUUCUCUAUCUUUGUUUUUCUUUCAUUUUUCAUUCACUCAUUCAUUCAUCAUUUCUUUCUUUCUUUCUUUCUUUCUUUCUUUCUUUCUUUCUUUCUUUCUUUCUUUCUAACCCGAACAUUUUUCAAGUAUUUAUUUUUAUCAUUCGCGCUCAUUUUUUUUUCUUUUAUCAUUUUGCUUCGUACCAAACAUUCUUUCUUUCUGUUUUUGUUUGUUUGAUGGUUCUUUCUUUUUUCUUUCUUUUUCUUUCUGUCUUUCUUUUCUUCUUUCUUUCUUUUUUGUUUGUUUUAUUUAUUUUUAUCAUUCGUGCUCAUUUUUCAUACUUUCUUUUACGAUUUUAUUUCGUUCCAAACAUUUCUUUCUUUCUUUCUUUCUUUCUUUCUUUCUUUCUUUCUUUCUUUCUUUCUUUUUCUUUCUUUCUUUUCUGCUAUUUGGAAAUGUUUCUCUAUCUUUUAUUCUUUCAUUUACCUUUCCACAAUAUCUUCUUUCUUUUAUAUGAUUUCUUUCUUUCUUUUUUUUUUUGUAUUCAUUCGUUUUUUUCAUUCAUUCAUUCAUUCUUUCUAUUUAUUCUUUCUUUAUUUUCUACUAUUUCUAAAUGUUUUUCUAUCUUUGAUACUAUCGUUUACGUUUCCAUAAAUACCUUCUUUUCUUCGGAAAACUUUCUGUUGACUUUCUUCAAAAUUUUUCUUUCUUUCUUUCUUUCUAAUCUGAACAUUUUUCAAGUAUUUAUUUUUAUCUUUAGCGCUCAUUAUUUAAAAUUCUGUCUUUUAUCAUUUUGCUUCGUUCCAAAUGUUCUUUCUUUCUUUUUUUGUUUGUUUGAUGUUUGUUUGUUUCUUUCUUUCUUUCUUUUUUCUUUCUUUCUUUCUUUCUUUCUUUCUUUCUUUCUUUCUUUCUUUCUUCAAACCCGAACAUUUUUCAAUCAUUUAUUUUUAUUAUUCGCGCUCAUUUUUCAUUCAUUCUUUUACGAUUUUAUUUCGUUCCAGACAUUUCUUUCUUUCUUUCUUUCUUUCUUUCUUUCUUUCUUUCUUUCUUUCUUUCUUUCUUUCCCCCCUCUCCGUUUUUUCACAUAUUUUUUUUUAUAUUUAGUUUUUGUUCUCUUUUCUUACCACAGUUAUUUCUCCCCACGCUAUAUUUUUUCAAGUAUUUUUAUGAUUUGCCCUCAUCUUCUUUUUUGUUCUUGCAUUCCUUCUAUAACCGUUUUUUCCCUACAUUCUCAAUUUAAUUCUCGCCUCUCCAAGAACGCACUCAUUCUUAAUGUGUUUCUCUAUGCAAAUGUACACGUGCUUGCAAUUUCACGUCCCACACCUACAUUUGCUAACAUUUUUUAUACUGCAAAAGUACAGAAAGGACCGGUUUCUUUCUUUUUCUCUCUCUCUCUCUCUCUCUCUGUGCAUUAUUUUUCAUUUUCUUUAUCUCUUACAAAUAAGUGUUACUGUUUCACCAAUUCGUUCGUCUUUGUUUUUAAUAUUAUAUUUUCUUUCUUUCUUUAUUUAACGUCAACUAUCGGAUUUUCUUUUCUUUCCUUUGUCCUCGUUUACUUCAACAUUUGCAAAUGCUUUUUUCUUUGUUUCUAUUUGCCUUUCUUUCUUUCUUUCUUUCUUUUUAUUUUCUUUCUUUCCGUGUUUAGUUCUUUGUUUCUAUUUGCCUUUCUUUCUUUCUUUCUUUCUUUCUUUCUUUCUAUUUUCUUUCUUUCUCUGUUUAGUUCUUUGUUUCUAUUUGCCUUUCUUUCUUUCUUUCUUUCUAUUUUCUUUCUUUCUCUUUCUUUGUUUUUAUUUGCCUUUCUUUCUUUCUUUCUUUCUUUCUUUUUAUUUUCUUUCUUUCCGUGUUUAGUUCUUUGUUUCUAUUUGCCUUUCUUUCUUUCUUUCUUUCUUUCUAUUUUCUUUCUUUCUCUGUUUAGUUCUUUGUUUCUAUUUGCCUUCCUUUCUUUCUUUUUAUUUUCUUUCUUUCUCUGUUUAGUUCUUUGUUUCUAUUUGCCUUUCUUUCUUUCUUUCUUUCUUUUUAUUUUCUUUCUUUCUCUGUUUAGUUCUUUGUUUCUAUUUGCCUUUCUUUCUUUCUUUCUUUUUAUUUUCUUUCUUUCUCUUUCUUUGUUUCUAUUUGCCUUUCUUUCUUUCUUUCUUUUUUUAUUUUCUUUCUUUCUCUGUUUAGUUCUUUUUUUCUAUUUGCCUUUCUUUCUUUCUUUCUUUCUUUCUAUUUUCUUUCUUUUCUCUUUCUUUGUUUCUAUUUGCCUUUCUUUCUUUCUUUCUUUUCUUUUUUUUUUCUUUCUUUCUCUGUUUAGUUCUUUGUUUUCUAUUUGCCUUUCUUUCUUUCUUUCUUUCUUUUUAUUUUCUUUCUUUCUCUGUUUUAGUUCUUUUUCUUUGUUUCUAUUUGCCCUUUCUUUCUUUCUUUCUUUCUUUUUCUUUUUUCUUUCUUUCUCUGUUUUAGUUCUUCUUUUUGUUUCUAUUUGCCUUUCUUUCUUUCUUUUCUUUUUAUUUUCUUUCUUUCUCUGUUUAGUUCUUUGUUUCUAUUUGCCUUCCUUUCUUUUUUUUUUAUUUUCUUUCUUUCUCUGUUUAGUUCUUUGUUUCUAUUUGCCUUUCUUUCUUUCUUUCUUUCUUUUAUUUUCUUUCUUUUCUCUGUUUAGUUCUUUGUUUCUAUUUGCCUUUCUUUUUAUUUUUCUUUCUUUCUUUUUUAUUUUCUUUCUUUCUCUGUUUUAUUUUCUUUCUUUUUCUAUUUGUUCUUUUCUUUCUUUCUUUCUUUUUUCUUUCUUUUAUUUUCUUUCUUUUCUCUGUUUAUUCUUUGUUUCUAUUUGCCUUUCUUUCUUUCUUUCUUUCUUUUUAUUUUCUUUCUUUCUCUGUUUAGUUCUUUGUUUCUAUUUGCCUUUCUUUCUUUCUUUCUUUUUAUUUUCUUUCUUUCUCUGUUUAGUUCUUUGUUUCUAUUUGCCUUUCUUUCUUUCUUUCUUUCUUUCUAUUUUCUUUCUUUCUCUGUUUAGUUCUUUGUUUCUAUUUGCCUUUCUUUCUUUCUUUUUAUUUUCUUUCUUUCUCUGUUUAGUUCUUUGUUUCUAUUUGCCUUUCUUUCUUUCUUUCUUUCUUUUUAUUUUCUUUCUUUUUCUUUCUCUUUCUUUGUUUCUAUUUGCCUUUUCUUUCUUUCUUUCUUUCUUUCUAUUUUCUUUCUUUCUUUCUCUGUUUAGUUCUUUGUUUCUAUUUGCCUUUCUUUCUUUCUUUUUAUUUUCUUUCUUUCUCUGUUUAGUUCUUUGUUUCUAUUUGCCUUUCUUUCUUUCUUUCUUUCUUUUUAUUUUCUUUCUUUCUCUGUUUAUACUUUUUCUUUUCUUUAAUUAUUUUUUUCUUCCAAUUUUCUUUCUUCAACACCUCCUUUUUAUCUGUUUCCUUUCAUUUUAUUUUAAAUUAAUUCUUAUUGGCUAUUUCGUUAUCACUUUUAUCCCUUAUCAGACAUUCGACCAUUUUUUUUUUCGUUUCCUAUCAAGAAUUUUGAAAGACUUUCAUUUUUCAGUCCCGUGUCUGUGCUUUUGUUUUUCAUACUCUUUCUUUUUUCUUUUCCUUUUUUAUUCUUUUCUAAUGUUUUUAUUGAUAACAUUUUACAUUAUUUACUUUCUUUUCCUUUCUUUUUUGUUAUUUUUUUCUUCCUUUAUUCUCAUGUUGCCUUUUAGAUUAUUUUUCUUUCUUUCUUAUUUAGUAAUUUCAUGUUAUUCGACUUUGUCUUUAUUUUGUAGUUUUAUUCUUUUUUUUCUGUUUUCAUUUUCUUCGUUCGCUCUUUUUUCUUUCUUUUUAUUCAUUUUUUCAUUCCUCUUUUCUUUCUUCGUUUUUUCCUCCUUUUUCUUUCUUCAUGUUUUCAUUCCUCUUUUCUUUCUUCAUUUUUUCAUUCCUCUUUGCUUUCUUCAUUUUUUCAUUCCUCUUUUCUUUCUUCGUUUUUUCCUCCUUUUUCUUUCUUCAUGUUUUCAUUCCUCUUUUCUUUCUUCAUUUUUUUCCUCUUUUUCUUUCUUCAUUUUUCAUUCCUCUUUUCUUUCUUCGUUUUUUCCUUUUUCCUUUUUCAUGUUUUCAUUUUCUUUUCUUUUUUUUUCAUUCCUCUUUUCUUUCUUCAUUUUUUCAUUCCUCUUUUCUUUCUUCGUUUUUUCCUCGUUUUUCUUUCUUCAUUUUUCAUUCCUCUUUUCUUUCUUCAUUUUUUCAUUCCUCUUUUCUUUCUUCAUUUUUUCAUUCCUCUUUCCUUUCUGUUUUACUAUGUUUAGCUUUCGAAUAUCACUUUUCCUUUUCUUUCUUUCUUUCCUUCAUUUUUUUUUUUGUUCUUGUAGUUUAUUUCAUUAUCUCUUAUUUUUCUUUUCCGGUUUAAUUUCUUUCUUCUUCUUUACUUUUCUUCUAUUCUACUGUUUCAUUCCCCCCCUCCAAAACCCGGUUAUUUAUCCUUAUUCUUUUUCAAUUUUUCCUUUCUUUCUUUCUUGCUUGUUUCCUCCAUUUUUCGAAUAUCACUUUUCUUUCUUUCUUUCUUUCUUUCUUUCUUUAUUUCUUUCUUUCUUUCUUUCCUCUGUUUUUAAAUUUUUAUCAGUUUUUCUUUUAAUUCUUUCUAUCUAUCUAUCUAUCUAUCUAUCUAUCUAUCUAUCUAUCUAUCUAAAGACUUUUUCUUGUAAUUUUGUCUAUCUAUCUAUCUAUCUAUCUAUCUAUCUAUCUAUCUAUCUAUCUAUCUAUCUAUCUAUCGAAAGGUUUAAUCGUCUUUUCUUUUUUCCUUUCUUUUUCGAAUUUUUUUGUUUUUUUCUGUCUAUCUAUCUAUCUAUCUAUCUAUCUAUCUAUCUAUCUAUCUAUCUAUCUAUCUAUCUAUCUAAUUUUACUUUACUUCCUUUCAUUCUUCGCUCUUUCUACAGUGUUCUUAAUAAUACCCGACGGAAAAAUCAGGCUCUCUUCAAACAUGUCAUUAUUCGAUCAAUGGUUUCAGCCGUGGCCAAGUCCCCACCCUGGGCUGAGGAUAUCAGCGAUUUCUAA